ACACAGAGGCAACGUGGGCUGAGAGGGGGAACAUAUGGAGAUAUGGUUGUUGAACUGGUCCUCUGAGGCCAGGCGAGAAACACACAGGAUCCACGUCCGCAAAAGAGACCCGGAAAUGUACCGAAAUGCACCUAGGGAAAGCGGCUCUUUUGACGCAUGUACGAAGUACUGUUCGUACAGGUACAAAAAGUGACAGAAACGUCCUUAUUGCCAACAUGGGCAAAGCCAGGCACCGUACAAGUGCAUGCAUCCAAGGCACGGGGUUGGUCGCGGACGGGGCAUCAAAAGGACGCACAUGAUGGGGCCUCGCCGUGGAUUACUGCCAUGGCCUGGGGAACGGCCAGAUGGGAUGGGCAUGGCAUGCCACCAGUCGUCGAGCAGUCUGUACGAGAACCAAGCAGCGUUUUGCGGUCGAUCGCUCAACCCAACCCAGCCAUUGCCUCCAGGCCCCAGGGCCACCCCCCUCCCGCGUUCGACGGACAGGCACCGUAUGUACGAGCACACAAAGGCACAGUCCGGCGAAUGGAGAAAGCGUCACAGCCAAUACUUGGCCCAUGGCCAGCGUGGGAGCUAAUAGGCGGCGCUUCUCGCUGGACCCCAACCGAGUGCGCCAACGCCUCUCCCAGAGCGACAAUCGCCCGUUGCAUGUAGCAGCGCUGCUAGUCCAAACCCAGCAACCUUGAACCUAGCUCCCUGGUACCUGGCUGC